CAAGUUAGAAUACCAGUGUAAGAGAUUCGGAUAUGCUUCUAGACGCGGUUAUUCGUGGUCGUUUAUACCAAGUCAAGUUCUUACUGGAAACCGACUCGGUGAAUGUCAACGCAACGGAUAAAAGCGGCCAAACUCCACUAAUGAAGGCUAUACUCCUAGAUGAUAAAAUGCGUCACACGAGGUACAAGAUAGUUCGUCUACUUUUGGACCACGGCGCGAAGGUCAACAUAGCUGACAAGAACGGAAAAACAGCUCUAAUGUUGGCUACUAUUCUUGGACUUCAAGAAAUUGUAGAAAGAAUUCUAAAGAUCUCGAUUAUCGAUCUAGACUUUAACGCUGAAGAUCWAGAAGGGAACACGGCGCUGAUACACGCAGCUAUCACAGGACGUGCAGAUAUUGCGAGCAUUCUUAUCAAUUCCAUGAAACGGUUUGGUCUAGGCGUGGAUAAGACGAAUAACAAAGGAAUGACGGCCAUGUUGGAAGCGACCAGAUACGGCCACGAUCGAACUGCGCAGGUAUUAAUGGUCGAAGGAGAUGCAAGCUUGACUAUUAGAGACCCUUUUUAUUACAUGAAUGCUUGUGAAUGGGCAGUUCAGAACGAACUACAUAAUCUCGCGGAACUCAUAAAAACCCAACAACAAAUACUAGCUGCAAGAUUAGAGGAAUCGAGUAGCAAGAAUCUUGACGAAGCUGUUGCAAAAACAGAAGCUCAUGAAGAAGAGCUACAAGGUAAUACACAAGAGGCUACUUUGACCCCAGAGCCUCGACAUGAAACAGCAAAGAUACCUCCAUCGAAGAGGAAAGGAGCUUGUGAAGAAGAGCUACAAGGUAAUACACAAGAGGUUACUUUGACCCCAGAGCCUCGACAUGAAGCACCAAAGAGACCUUCGUCGAAGAGGAAAGGAGAUAAGACUCUGACUGUUCCACGUGUGAUGCAAAGCCUCCGUGAUACUAGCCUACAGGAUUCAAUGGCCGAGGUAGAACCUGUAAAACGGGUAACGAUUCGUCCACAAUCGAAUAAAGAAACAGACGCUGAGUUAAUCAAGACGUCUCAUGAGAACGAGGCAAAGAGGGCUUCAGAAUCAAACAGCGUUGUUAGUUCUUUAGGAUCAGCUAAGAGAGGGGUUCCAAAGCCCCGAAUAAGAAGCACCUCAUCAGGACUGCGACUGAAUGCGAARUCGGAGUUUCAGAGACUGAUGGAAUUGUACGGCAUUCAAAACUCGGUGACAUAUCGCCUGGGAUACGACCCAACGACGCUGCCACCAAGUGGCAUGUGGCCUGACCCCAAUGCGCAGAACAGUUUAUCAAACUCUUACGAAAAUCUAAGUAUCAUUGACAAAGAUGAUUGCUACAAUGAUUUUAUCCCUUCAAGYGGACAAGCUCCCGGAGAUCAAUGAUUCCAGAAGGACAAGGUAGAAGGAUGAGUGUUGUGGGGGGUAUGAGGGAUGGGCGGAGGACUUCCAUCGUUGCAGGACCAAUGGGAACAGAUCGACGACGAAAAAUGACAACUAAGAUGUCGAUGAUUGCACGACCAAAUAUGGAGAGGCCCAUACUGAGACGAACAAAUACGAGUCCA